AUGCAGGUCGGCGACCCUAAGAACCGCUUGAUUAUGGCAUCGCGGGGCUCCAGACUUGAGAACCUGACCACUUCGUUUUCGAUAUGUGCUUUGGAGUCACUUGUUCGACUUGCUCACAUCCCCUCGGCUCUGAGCGGUAUCCCUGAGGAUCAGUGGUGCACAUGCACGCCUCGCGUCACAGUCAACGGCAAGGAGUAUCCGCCGGCAGGCUCAGUAUCAAUUCCCGGAGCGGCCUCCGCAGUCCUCCUCGUUGUGUACCUCACCCGCUGUGUAUCUUCCCCGUUGUGGAAACUCCCCGGCCCGAGGACAUCUGCAUUUACAUCGUUCAUUCUGAAAUGGCAUGAGCUACACGCCAACAGAACGCAUUAUAUUCAUCAGCUUCAUGAAAAGUAUGGCCCUGUCGUCCGAAUCGCACCAAACGAGGUGUCAUUUACCUCUUAUGAAGCCGUCAAGGAAAUAUACUGCUCUGGAGGCAGUGGAACCAUGUUUACCACGUUGAAUAAAGAAGAUCACGCGAAGCGGAAGAGAAUCAUCGCCGACCGGUAUGCAAAUAGCAACGUCCUACGUCCGGCGCCCCUGCGAGGGAUCCAGGAGAGGUCCUUAAACUUCAUCAGGCGAUGUGAAGCCUCUGUAGGCGAGAGCCAUGAUAUCUUUAUGAGUUUACACUCAUACGCCUGUGAUUGCGUUACACACCACCUGUUCCACCCGUACGGUACGAAUUGUCUCCAAGAACAAGCGGACGAGGAAAUGAUGCACCAAGUCGCCGCGGAUGAUAGCCUGCAGAACCGCCUUGUUCAGCACUACAGCCCGGCGCUGCACAAGGCACUGUCCGGUGUGCUGUACGCUUUUGCUAAGCCACGGGAAACGCCCCUUGCCGAUAACUUUGUCAUGGAAUCAAGCGGGCGACCUGAUCCUGCACAGUUCACACUAUUAAGCCGACUGCAUGAGAAGUCAAGCGAUCUGGACCAAACUGAUAUGGCUGGAGAGUGUCUUGACCACAUGGCUGCCGGGAUCGACACGACGGGUGAUGGUUUAUGUUUUCUCAUGUGGGAGCUCUCGCAGCCUAGGUCAAUGCGAUUCCAAGAGAAGCUGCAGCAUGAGCUGCGCAAUAACCCUGGUGUUUCGGUGGAUAAGCUCCCGUUCCUCGAUGCCGUAGUGCAGGAAGGACUUCGGUGUUUCCCUGCCAUCCCCAUGUCUCUUCCCCGAUAUGUGCCCCAAGGUGGGCGAACUAUUGACGGACAUUUCAUCCCGGAGAAGACGAUUGCCAGCUGUCAGGCGUACUCUGUCCAUCGUAUCAACAACGACGUGUUUCCCUGGCCUGACUUGUUUAAUCCUGACCGGUGGAUGGAGCAAGUUGGGGAUGCGGAGAGAAAACGCCUCAUGUUUGCCUUUGCUAAUGGCGGCAGAGGUUGUGUGGGAAAGCAUCUAGCACUCGCUGAGAUGAAGACACUCCUUGCCGAUAUCUAUUCUCGUUACACUACGCUCCCUGAUGCUUCGAUGACGGCCGAGUCAAUGGCCAUGGCUGAUCAGCUCAUUUCAUCACGGCCUCUUGGUCAAAAGUGUCUGCUGCAGUUUAUUCCAAUCGCUGAAAAGCGGGAGUGA